GUCCAGAUUUCAUAUUAUUCUUUGACUGUUGGGCAACAUCAAUUAGUGACUUUCUAACGAAGUGUAAUCAGAAGACAAAGCCGAUAAUUGAACUUUUCGUCAUGUCUGGAAAGUUUAAACCAUUAUUUAACAAGGAAGGAAAAGAAAAAACUGUGGCUCAACUGCCAGGCAGGCAUCCAUGUGAAUGUCAGGCAUCCAAACAUGACUUAAUUAAUAAUUGUGUAUCCUGUGGUCGAAUAGUUUGUAGUCAAGAAGGUUCUGGUCCUUGUUUUCAUUGUUCGGAAUUGGUCUGUACUAAAAGUGAAGAGGAGAUACUGAGACGUGAUUCUAAAAAGUCAAUGAAACUUCGGCAAAAUCUUAUGGGGAAGACAGUUGAAAAUUCUAAAGAAAAGGCUGCAAUAGAACACAAGAAUAAAUUACUAGAAUUUGAUGAAACGUGCGCCAAGAGAACUCGUGUUAUUGACGACGAAUCAGACUACUUCUCAACAGGUGUUGGUACUUGGCUUACAAAGAAAGAACGAGAUGCUGUUAUAAAACAGGAAACCACUCUGAGAGACAAGCGUUUUGCUUCCCGAAGAGAUAGAAAGAUUCAACUCGACUUCUGUGGGAGACAAGAAAACGAUUUGCCAGAGAGCAUGUAUGAUGAGGUCAUCCAUCAAGAAUCAAAAGAAAUUGCACCUAAAGCUCUAACUUAUGGGAGACAGAGAGCGCCAAAAUUCCUUAAAGAAAACUCUUCAGAGAUCGUAGGAUCAGUAUGCAAAGAACAUGAGAUCUCUAAAUCUAGAAUCCAAUACGACGAGCAAUUAGAGACAAUGGAUAACGGAAUGUGUUUGUCAAUGCACCAACCUUGGGCAUCCCUUCUUAUUAAAGGCAUUAAAAAAACUGAAGGAAGAACCUGGUAUAGUUCCCAUCGAGGUCGUUUAUGGAUAGCUUCAACUUCGAAACAACCGACAAGAGAAAAUAUUGAUAGUUUAGAAUCCUACUAUAGAGAGACUUCUGGAGAAUCCGAAUUCCCUUCCUCUUAUCCCACUUCUUCUUUACUCGGCUGUGUUGAUGUCAUAGACGUCAUUCAACCAAACACUGAGGGGUCUUCGCCAUAUGAAUUUGUUUGUAUAAACCCCCAAGAAUUGCCCCUAAAAUUUACAAUGAAAGGACAGCACAAAAUUUCAGUAAUUGAACAAUCCUGA